CCGCCGGAUUUUUGUCAAGGUUAAAGUGUGCCGUGGCUCAAAAAAGGUUGAAAAAAACUGGGCUAAAUAUUUGUUGACAGUUUACUGUUUUCUUCUUUCUUUAGAUUUUACAGUUUGUCCAACUACAACUCCUGGCACAUUUACAACAAGUAAGUCACCAUAAAAAUAAUGAUAAUGAUAUGACUGUAACAGCUUAGAGUUGGUCUUUUUGUGAUUCUCCAUAUUAACUUAAAGAAAUUUAUUUUUCUUGUGUUUUCUUUUUUUAUAUUUUGUUCAAAUUAUUAAAAAUUCAAAGUUGUUUUGAUACUGAAGUUACUUUUCAAAAACCAAGUUUAUCAAAAGUUCAAUUUUACUGUAAAGUUUUUCUCUGUAAUGGUGUGUUUUUAGAUUCUCCUCCUGUUACCACUGAAACAUUUUCAACUACGCCAGAUGUGACCACAUCUGUUACGGGUACCUAAAGAAUAAAACCUUUAUUACUUCAAAGUUUUAAUGGAUGUCACAUAUUUCCAUUAAAACUUGAUUGACCCUCGGCUGAAACAUCUAACGUUUAUCUUAAAUAUUUACUAGACACCCCAAAUAUGUUCACUUUGAAUAAAAUUUGUUUUUUUCUCAAUGUGUUUCAUGUUUUAGAGUUUUCCUCUGCUGCCACUAAAAACUUAACAACUACACCAGAUGUGACCACAUCUGUAACAGCUCCACAAACUGCUAAUACAUAUGUGAUUUCUGUUGAGCUGAACACCACAUUAUUGACAGCAAUCAACACGAUGAGAAGCAUUCUGGGAAACAUCAGUUACCCGCUCAGCAUCAAUGGAGACACUCAGAUCAAUCAGGCCAACAUUUCUACAGUUUGUUCUCCAAUCAGAGAUGGUCACCAGUGCAUUUGUGAGGACCAGUAUCGGUGGUCAUGUGACCAGUGUCUGAUGUAUGGAGCAUGUGACCAGAUCUCUGCAGACUCAUGUGGAUGCAUCAACGCCAUUCCUUCUGACAGAAACUUCUGCCAGUCUCUGGUUCAACACAAUUUUACAGUUUGUCCAACUACAACUCCUAGGACAUUUUCAACAAUUACUACUAAAAUAGUUACAACAACGCCUGACGUGACAACAAUGAUGACAGAUUCUCCUCCUUUUACCACUGAAAUAUUUACAACUAUGCCUGGCGUGACCACAUCUAUGACCGUACCUCCACCUGUUUAUAAAUACCUUUUAUCUGUUGAGCUGAACACCACAUUAUUGACAGCAAUCAACACGAUGAGAAGCAUUCUGGGAAACAUCAGUUACCCGCUCAGCAUCAGUGGAGACACUCAGAUCAAUCAGGCCAAUAUUUCUACAGUUUGUUCUCCAAUCAGAGAUGGUUACCAGUGCAUUUGUGAGGACCAGUAUCGGUGGUCAUGUGACCAGUGUCUUAUGUAUGGAGCAUGUGACCAGAUCUCUGCAGAUUCAUGUGGAUGCAUCAACGCCAUUCCUUCUGACAGAAACUUCUGCCACUCUCUUUAUCAACACAAUUUUACAGUUUGUCCAACUACAACUCCUAGGACAUUUUCAACAAUUACUACUAAAAUAGUUACAACAACGCCUGACGUGACAACAAUGAUGACAGAUUCUCCUCCUUUUACCACUGAAAUAUUUACAACUACGCCUGGCGUGACCACAUCUAUGACCGUACCUCCACCUGUUUAUAAAUACCUUUUAUCUGUUGAGCUGAACACCACAUUAUUGACAGCAAUCAACACGAUGAGGAGCAUUCUGGGAAACAUCAGUUACCCGCUCAGCAUCAAUGGAGACACUCAGAUCAAUCAGGCCAAUAUUUCUACAGUCUGUUCUCCAAUCAGAGAUGGUUACCAGUGCAUUUGUGAGGACCAGUAUCGGUGGUCAUGUGACCAGUGUCUUAUGUAUGGAGCAUGUGACCAGAUCUCUGCAGACUCAUGUGGAUGCAUCAACGCCAUUCCUUCUGACAGAAACUUCUGCCACUCUCUGGUUCAACACAAUUUUACAGUUUGUCCAACUACAACUCCUAGCACAUUUUCAACAUUUACUACUAAAAUAGUUACAACAACGCCUGACGUGACAACAAUGAUGACAGAUUCUCCUCCUUUUACCACUGAAAUAUUUACAACUACGCCUGGCGUGACCACAUCUAUGACCGUACCUCCACCUGUUUAUAAAUACCUUUUAUCUGUUGAGCUGAACACCACAUUAUUGACAGCAAUCAACACGAUGAGAAGCAUUCUGGGAAACAUCAGUUACCCGCUCAGCAUCAGUGGAGACACUCAGAUCAAUCAGGCCAAUAUUUCUACAGUUUGUUCUCCAAUCAGAGAUGGUCACCAGUGCAUUUGUGAGGACCAGUAUCGGUGGUCAUGUGACCAGUGUCUUAUGUAUGGAGCAUGUGACCAGAUCUCUGCAGACUCAUGUGGAUGCAUCAACGCCAUUCCUUCUGACAGAAACUUCUGCCACUCUCUGGUUCAACACAAUUUUACAGUUUGUCCAACUACAACUCCUAGGACAUUUACAACAAUUACUACUAAAAUAGUUACAACAACGCCUGACGUGACAACAAUGAUGACAGAUUCUCCUCCUUUUACCACUGAAAUAUUUACAACUAUGCCUGGCGUGACCACAUCUAUGACCGUACCUCCACCUGUUUAUAAAUACCUUUUAUCUGUUGAGCUGAACACCACAUUAUUGACAGCAAUCAACACGAUGAGAAGCAUUCUGGGAAACAUCAGUUACCCGCUCAGCAUCAAUGGAGACACUCAGAUCAAUCAGGCCAAUAUUUCUACAGUUUGUUCUCCAAUCAGAGAUGGUUACCAGUGCAUUUGUGAGGACCAGUAUCGGUGGUCAUGUGACCAGUGUCUUAUGUAUGGAGCAUGUGACCAGAUCUCUGCAGACUCAUGUGGAUGCAUCAACGCCAUUCCUUCUGACAGAAACUUCUGCCACUCUCUGGUUCAACACAAUUUUACAGUUUGUCCAACUACAACUCCUAGCACAUUUACAACAUUUACUACUAAAAUAGUUACAACAACGCCUGACGUGACAACAAUGAUGACAGAUUCUCCUCCUUUUACCACUGAAAUAUUUACAACUACGCCUGGCGUGACCACAUCUAUGACCGUACCUCCACCUGUUUAUAAAUACCUUUUAUCUGUUGAGCUGAACACCACAUUAUUGACAGCAAUCAACACGAUGAGGAGCAUUCUGGGAAACAUCAGUUACCCGCUCAGCAUCAAUGGAGACACUCAGAUCAAUCAGGCCAACAUUUCUACAGUUUGUUCUCCAAUCAGAGAUGGUUACCAGUGCAUUUGUGAGGACCAGUAUCGGUGGUCAUGUGACCAGUGUCUGAUGUAUGGAGCAUGUGACCAGAUCUCUGCAGACUCAUGUGGAUGCAUCAACGCCAUUCCUUCUGACAGAAACUUCUGCCAGUCUCUGGUUCAACACAAUUUUACAGUUUGUCCAACUACAACUCCUAGGACAUUUUCAACAAUUACUACUAAAAUAGUUACAACAACGCCUGACGUGACAACAAUGAUGACAGAUUCUCCUCCUUUUACCACUGAAAUAUUUAGAACCACGCCUGGCGUGACCAUAUCUAUGACCGUACCUCCACCUGUUUAUAAAUACCUUUUAUCUGUUGAGCUGAACACCACAUUAUUGACAGCAAUCAACACGAUGAGGAGCAUUCUGGGAAACAUCAGUUACCCGCUCAGCAUCAAUGGAGACACUCAGAUCAAUCAGGCCAACAUUUCUACAGUCUGUUCUCCAAUCAGAGAUGGUUACCAGUGCAUUUGUGAGGACCAGUAUCGGUGGUCAUGUGACCAGUGUCUUAUGUAUGGAGCAUGUGACCAGAUCUCUGCAGACUCAUGUGGAUGCAUCAACGCCAUUCCUUCUGACAGAAACUUCUGCCACUCUCUGUAUCAACACAAUUUUACAGUUUGUCCAACUACAACUCCUAGGACAUUUACAACAAAUUCUCCAUCUGUUACUACUGAAAUAUUUACAACAAGACCUGAUUUGACAACAUUUAUGGCCGAUUCUCCUUUUGUUACCACUGAAAUAUUUACAACCAUGCCUGAUGCGCCCACAACUACGGCAGAUUCUCCUUUUACCACUGAAAUAUUUACAACAUCUGAUGUGACUACAACGAUGACAGGUUCUCCUUUUACCACUGAAAUAGUAACAACGCCUUAUGUGACCACAACUAUGACAGAUUCUCCUCCUGUUACCACUGAAAUCGUUACAACUGCACCAGACAUUACCACAGCUAUGACAGAUUCUCCUGUCACCACUGAAAUAUUUACAACUGCGGCAGAUGUGACAACAACUAAGAAAGAUAUCCUCACAACUACUGAAGAUGUAACAACUAUGACAGAGCUCCCCCCACCUGUUUAUAAUUACCGGCUUUCUGUUGAGCUGAACACCACAGACAUUACAGUAAUAGAUAAGCUGAGGAGCAUUCUGGGAAACCUCACAGACCUACCCAGCUUGAACAGACAGAUACGGAUAAGUCGGGCCAACAUUUCUACAGUUUGUUCUCCUGUCAGCUAUGGAUACCAGUGCAGAUGUGAGGAUCAGUACCUGUGGUCAUGUGACCAGUGUCAGACGUAUGGCUCAUGUGACCAGGUCUCUGAAAAGCCAUGUGGAUGCAUCAAUGCCAUUCCUCCUGAUGGACACUUUUGCCAAUCUCUGGAUCAACUCAACCUUACUGCUUGUGUGAUCACAACAACUGCAUCAGAAACAUCAACUGCUUGGACAAGCCAAAGUUACAGAACCACGGGAGCAAAUGACUUAACAUCAGUCAGCACCACAGAAACAACUAACAAUUGGACAACUCCCAUUAUUUCCCCUAUGCCAACUACAAGAUUUUCUACUGGAAUCCCGACCACACUCGGAGAACCGACAACUGCAAGUUCCACAGUUACAUCCACUACAGGAAAAGAAGAAACUACUGUUAGGUCCACAGUGUUCCCCAUAACUCAAACUGUUGCAGUUUCCCCAGAUAUUCCUACCAUAACAGAAGAAGCAACAGCUCCAGCUUCAACAGUUAUUUCUACAGCAAAAACACAAACUUCACCAACCACCAUAUUUAUUCCUACUACAAUUGAAGCAACAACUACUGCAGUUUCCACAAGUACUGCUACCAUAACCGAAGAACCAACUACUGCAUUUACAACAGGCAUUACUAGCACAGCAGAAGAAACAACAACUCCAGCUUCAACAGUUAUUUCUACAGCAGAAACACAAACUUCACCAACUACCAUAUUUAUUCCUACUACAAUUGAAGCAACAACUAAUGCAGUUUCCACAAGUACUCCUAUAUCAACCGAAGAACCAACUACUGCAUUUACAACAGGCAUUACUAGCACAGCAGAAGAAACAACAACUCCAGCUUCAACAGUUAUUUCCACAGCAGAAACACAAACUUCACCAACUACCAUAUUUAUUCCUACUACAAUUGAAGCAACAACUAAUGCAGUUUCCACAAGUACUGCUACCAUGACCGAAGAACCAACUACUGCAUUUACAACAGGCAUUACUAGCACAGCAGAAGAAACAACUCCAGCUUCAACAGUUAUUUCUACAGCAGAAACACAAACUUCACCAACUACCAUAUUUAUUCUUACUACAAUUGAAGCAACAACUAAUGCAGUUUCCACAAGUACUCCUAUAUCAACCGAAGAACCAACUACUGCAUUUACAACAGGCAUUACUAACACAGCAGAAGAAACAACAACUCCAGCUUCAACAGUUAUUUCUACAGCAGAAACACAAACUUCACCAACUACCAUAUUUAUUCUUACUACAAUUGAAGCAACAACUAAUGCAGUUUCCACAAGUACUCCUAUAUCAACCGAAGAACCAACUACUGCAUUUACAACAGGCAUUACUAACACAGCAGAAGAAACAACAACUCCAGCUUCAACAGUUAUUUACACAGCAGAAACACAAACUUCACCAACUACCAUAUUUAUUCCUACUACAAUUGAAGCAACAACUAAUGCAGUUUCCACAAGUACUGCUACCAUAACCGAAGAACCAACUACUGCAUUUACAACAGGCAUUACUAGCACAGCAGAAGAAACAACAACUCCAGCUUCAACAGUUAUUUCUACAGCAGAAACACAAACUUCACAAAUUACCAUAUUUAUUCCUACUACAAUUGAAGCAACAACUAAUGCAGUUUCCACAAGUACUGCUACCAUAACCGAAGAACCAACUACUGCAUUUACAACAGGCAUUACUAGCACAGCAGAAGAAACAACAACUCCAGCUUCAACAGUUAUUUCUACAGCAGAAACACAAACUUCACCAACUACCAUAUUUAUUCCUACUACAAUUGAAGCAACAACUAAUGCAGUUUCCACAAGUACUCCUAUAUCAACCGAAGAACCAACUACUGCAUUUACAACAGGCAUUACUAACACAGCAGAAGAAACAACAACUCCAGCUUCAACAGUUAUUUCUACAGCAGAAACACAAACUUCACCAACUACCAUAUUUAUUCCUACUACAAUUGAAGCAACAACUAAUGCAGUUUCCACAAGUACUCCUAUAUCAACCGAAGAACCAACUACUGCAUUUACAACAGGCAUUACUAGCACAGUAGAAGAAACAACAACUCCAGCUUCAACAGUUAUUUACACAGCAGAAACACAAACUUCACCAACUACCAUAUUUAUUCCUACUACAAUUGAAGCAACAACUAAUGCAGUUUCCACAAGUACUGCUACCAUAACCGAAGAACCAACUACUGCAUUUACAACAGGCAUUACUAGCACAGCAGAAGAAACAACUCCAGCUUCAACAGUUAUUUCUACAGCAGAAACACAAACUUCACCAACCACCAUAUUUAUUCCUACUACAAUUGAAGCAACAACUAAUGCAGUUUCCACAAGUACUCCUAUAUCAACCGAAGAACCAACUACUGCAUUUACAACAGGCAUUACUAACACAGCAGAAGAAACAACAACUCCAGCUUCAACAGUUAUUUCUACAGCAGAAACACAAACUUCACCAACUACCAUAUUUAUUCCUACUACAAUUGAAGCAACAACUAAUGCAGUUUCCACAAGUACUGCUACCAUAACCGAAGAACCAACUACUGCAUUUACAACAGGCAUUACUAGCACAGCAGAAGAAACAACAACUCCAGCUUCAACAGUUAUUUCUACAGCAGAAACACAAACUUCACCAACUACCAUAUUUAUUCCUACUACAAUUGAAGCAACAACUAAUGCAGUUUCCACAAGUACUCCUAUAUCAACCGAAGAACCAACUACUGCAUUUACAACAGGCAUUACUAACACAGCAGAAGAAACAACAACUCCAGCUUCAACAGUUAUUUCUACAGCAGAAACACAAACUUCACCAACUACCAUAUUUAUUCCUACUACAAUUGAAGCAACAACUAAUGCAGUUUCCACAAGUACUCCUAUAUCAACCGAAGAACCAACUACUGCAUUUACAACAGGCAUUACUAGCACAGCAGAAGAAACAACAACUCCAGCUUCAACAGUUAUUUCUACAGCAGAAACACAAACUUCACCAACUACCAUAUUUAUUCCUACUACAAUUGAAGCAACAACUAAUGCAGUUUCCACAAGUACUGCUACCAUAACCGAAGAACCAACUACUGCAUUUACAACAGGCAUUACUAGCACAGCAGAAGAAACAACUCCAGCUUCAACAGUUAUUUCUACAGCAGAAACACAAACUUCACCAACCACCAUAUUUAUUCCUACUACAAUUGAAGCAACAACUAAUGCAGUUUCCACAAGUACUCCUAUAUCAACCGAAGAACCAACUACUGCAUUUACAACAGGCAUUACUAACACAGCAGAAGAAACAACAACUCCAGCUUCAACAGUUAUUUCUACAGCAGAAACACAAACUUCACCAACUACCAUAUUUAUUCCUACUACAAUUGAAGCAACAACUAAUGCAGUUUCCACAAGUACUCCUACCAUAACUGAAGAACCAACUUCUGCAUUUACAACAGGCAUAACUAGCACAGCAGAAGAAACAACAACUCCAGCUUCAACAGUUAUUUCCACAGCAGAAACACAAACUUCACCAACUACCAUAUUUAUUCCUACUACAAUUGAAGCAACAACUAAUGCAGUUUCCACAAGUACUGCUACCAUAACCGAAGAACCAACUACUGCAUUUACAACAGGCAUUACUAGCACAGCAGAAGAAACAACUCCGGCUUCAACAGUUAUUUCUACAGCAGAAACACAAACUUCACCAACUACCAAAUUUAUUCCUACUACAAUUGAAGCAACAACUAAUGCAGUUUCCACAAGUACUCCUAUAUCAACCGAAGAACCAACCUCUGCAUUUACAACAGGCAUUACUAGCACAGCAGAAGAAACAACUCCAGCUUCAACAGUUAUUUCUACAGCAGAAACACAAACUUCACCAACUACCAAAUUUAUUCCUACUACAAUUGAAGCAACAACUAAUGCAGUUUCCACAAGUACUCCUACCAUAACCAAAGAACCAAGUACUGCAUUUAGAACAGGCAUUACUAGCACAGCAGAAGAAACAACAACUCCAGCUUCAACAGUUAUUUCUACAGCAGAAACACAAACUCCACCAACUACCAUGUUUAUUCCUACUACAAUUGAAGCAACAACUAAUGCAGUUUCCACAAGUACUCCUACCAUAACAGAAAAACCAAGUACUGCGUUUACAACAGGCAUUACUAGUACAACAGAAGAAAAAACCACUCCAGCUUCAACAGUUUUUUCUACAGCAGAAACACAAGCUUCACAAAUUACCAUAUUUAGUCUUACAACAAUUGAAGCAACAACUAAUGCAGUUUCCACAAGUACUCCCACCAUUACUGAAGAACCAACUAUUGCAUUUAGAACAGGCAUUACUAGCACAACUGAAGAAGCAACAACUCCAGCUUCAGCAGUUAUUUCUACAGCAGACACACAAACUUCACCAACUACCAUAUUUGUUCCUACUACAGUUUUUCUUACAACUGAUGAACCAACUACUGCAGCUUCCACACUUCUCACAACCACAACUGGACCAAUAACAACUUCAAAUCCCACAAUAAUUCCUACCACAACUGAAAAACCAACUACUAAAGUUGUCACAGUUACCACAAUCAAAGAACCAACAACGGCAAUUUCCACAGAUAUUCCUACCACAUUUGUCCCCUCUGUUCCAACUACUGCAGUUAAUCCCACCACAACAACUACUACAGCCACUACUACUUCAACAGUACCCACUAAGACCACUAAGGUUACGAAUAACACUACAGAAACUAUUGGUACAACUACCACCACUAAAGCUGCAACAACUACCACAACAAUGGCUACCACGACUACUACUACCAAGGCUACUACGACUACCACUAAAAAGGAUAUCCCGACUACCGAGGCUACCAUGAUUCCCAUCACAAAGGCUACCAUGACUACCACCACCGAGGCUACCAUGACUACCACCACCAAGGCCACCACGACUACCACCACCAAGGCCACCACGACUACCACCAUCAAGGCCACCACAACAGCCGAAACUACAACAAUUAAGCCUACUAACUUUACCACUUCUUUAAAAGCAAUUGACAUUGCAGUGUCAGUCACAUUUGACAUGGUGUUCAGAAAAGAGUUCAACGAUAAGACAAGUUCUGCAUACCAAAGUCUAGAAAGAAACAUUACUACAGAGCUAGAGAAACAGUACAGCUCUAUCAAAGGGUUUGUCAGAGUCACCGUGACAGGAUUCAGACCAGGAAGUGUUAUUGCAGAUUUUGUCAUUUCAACAGCAGAGGAUUCUGCAACACAAAUUACUGAAGCAAAUAAAGACCUCAAAAACACUUUAAAGUCUAUUGCUCCUGUACUGAAGUCUACUGCACAGUAUAAAAGUUCCACCAAGAUUAAAUUCAAUUCUACCUACCUAACUAAUACAACAAUGACAUUGGUAUGUGGACCUCCUGAGGGUGAUCUACUUGACAUUGUAGGAAAUAUUAACAGUGCUGAGUGGAAAUUUGAAAACAUAAACAUUUCACCAGGACGUCGGACCUUUACUACUCGCAGUAACACUUCUAUACUUACUGUAAACAAUGUCAAUCCUUUUGAUACUGGGCUUUAUGAAUGUAUCCUCAAAGGAACAAACUCUGAGUUUUACCAAAAUGGAACUGUUGAAAAAGUUAAUAUUCAAGCAGCUCCUGAUGUAAAGGUGGUCGCAGUAAAAAACGUUGUGUGCAAAGCGGGAAAUAAAGCAAACCUUAGUUGUUGUGUUCAGCCAAUCUAUACCAUCACCUGGGCUCAGCCUCCUUCAAGCGUACAAAUACCAAGAACUACAAGCUCUCCUGAUGAAUACUGCAUCAACAACGAAUAUACAAUAACCAGCUGCGAUGACAUGACAUUCACAUGUAAAGUUAAUGAAUACGAUGGGUACGAAAAAACAACAACACUGAAAUUCUUUAAAGGAGCUCCUACAUGCACAAGUGAUCUAUAUGGGGACGGACAAGAAGGUUUCAUAGCAGAUGUUGCAUGUCCAGAAGGUCAAAAAGGAAGAAAAAAAGCCAUUUGUAAAGGAAAUAAGUGGGAACUCAGUGAAGAAAACUGCAUUCUAACCGUAAUCACUGAUUUAUUUGCUAAGUCAACAGAACUGGUGCAAGAAAAUGUACAGACUUUUUCAAGUGAUCUCCAAAAGGCUGUAAAUGAUAGUAAAACUGUAAUUGCAAAGUCAUCUAAGAGCGUAUCUACUAUUGUCAACAUUCUAACUACCAUCGCAAAUGUGUCAACUUCUGUCACUACAGAUGUCAUGAGGAAUGUGCUACAGACCAUUGAUGUCCUCGCAGAUGAUGGCGUCAAAGAGUCCUGGGAAACCCUGAAUAAAGAUAGAAACAAUAAUGCUGGUUCAAAAUUACUGGAAUCACUGGAGACACUCUCAGGAGCCUUGAGUGGGACGGCUGAUAUCUCCACUGAACGAAUUCAUCUCAUCAGAACAAAUGCCGCCAACUUUGAAACUCCAAAUUCCACAUUUUCCUUGAAAAUCCCAGACAGUGAUGGUUUUUUCGACAAUGAUACUUUCAUGACCAUCAUCAUUCUGAGCACCUUUAAUAAUGUCAUGCCAGCUCGAAACUCGUCCUUUAACUUAAGUCUCUUUAAUGGAACCAGUAACGAAACAUCUAACCCAAACAACGCAAAUCUUGCUAUCAAUGCAGCUGUGGUUCUUGUCAAAGUAAAUCAAACAGUUCAAAAUGUCAGUUUUGAAUUCCAAACCUUGAAUGAAACCCUAAGCCAGGAAACACAGUGUGUCUUCUGGAAUUUCACGCUCUUAGAAAACUUUGGUGCCUGGGAUGAUGAAGGAUGCAAGUUUGUGUCACUAAAAAACAAUGACACAGUAACCUGCAACUGCAACCACCUCACAUCCUUCUCUGUUCUAAUGUCAACCGACAUCUCUCUUUUUGUGAAUAUACCAACCACUGUACCCCCUGGGUUAGGUACAGGUGGUACAGUGACAGGGGAAAACCCUAUAAAACCUACAAUCACUACAGUGGGUUUAAUUUUGGACAUAAUCACCUACAUUGGCGUCGGAAUAUCUCUGGCAAGCCUCGUCAUAUGUCUCAUCAUUGAAGGAUAUGUUUGGAAAGCUGUCACCAAAAACAGCACUGCCUUGAUGCGUCACAUCUCUAUUGUUAACACAGCCCUGUCUCUGUUGAUCGCAGACAUUUGUUUCAUCAUUGCAGCCUCUUACUCACAGAAGGCCCUUGAUAACAAAGAUGGAGACUUUAAAGUUCUGAUCGGACAGUGCAGUGCAGUGACAUUUUUUAUGCACUUCUUCUACCUUUCUCUGUUCUUCUGGAUGCUGGUAUCAGGCCUUCUGCUCCUCUACAGGACAGUGAUGGUUUUCUCCCACAUGUCAAAGUCCAUCAUGAUAGCUAUAGGCUUUGUUAUAGGCUAUGGUUGCCCUCUGAUUAUUGCUGUUACCACUGUUGCUGCUACAGCACCAAGUCAAACAUACAUCAGGAAAAAUUACAUUUGCUGGCUUAACUGGACUGAGUCUAAAGCCCUUCUGUCCUUGGUCAUUCCAGCCCUGGUUAUAGUUGUGAUCAACAUUAUAGUUGUAAUUGUGGUUUUAUGCAAAAUGAUGAGAAGAACUUCAGCAAACACCAUCCAGCCGGAUGAGAAGAACAGCUUUGUAGUUAUUCUAAGAUGUCUGGCCAUCCUGACACCUUUAUUUGGACUGACUUGGGCCCUGGGGAUUGGAACCAUGGUUUCACCAAAAGAUGUAGGCAUCCACAUAGCCUUCGCAUUCUUUAAUUCCCUUCAGGGUUUCUUUAUUCUAGUGUUUGGCACAUUGUUUGAUUCCAAGAUUCGUGCAGUUCUCUCAAGCAGAACUCCUUCUAUAAACUCCAUUUCGACAAGAAGCACAAGUGGAGGCACAUCUUCUUUUGGUGGAUUAGUGACCCGACUCCGUGGAAGAAGAAAUGUUUACCAGGUUUCCCAGCCCAGGAGCAACGGCAACAACAGCGGUUCCUCAGAGUCAUACAGCAUGAUAUAAAUCCUGACAGCAAUAAAAAGAAAAUGUGUCUUAUUUGCAAUGUGUGUUUUGUUUUAAUUCUAAAUGAGAUGCGCAAAAAUUUAAAUUAAGUGCAGUAUAGUUUUUUUAAUGUGAAAUUUUGUGCAAUUGUACUCUGAAGAACAACUAUUCAUUUUUUUGUGAAUUUUGUGACUUGUAAUCCCUUUUUGUCCUUUUAUGCAAAAAUAAUAUAAUGUAAAUAAAUACGGUAUGUUAAACUCAGUGAAAGUUCUAUCAAAGCUACAUUACUGUAAAUGAACAAAUGUAAAUGAUAAAACAAUGUAAACAUAAAAGAUUUAAAGGAAUUGUUGUGUUCUUAAUGAGGUGGUGAUGCACAGAUUUCUAACUGUUUAAGAUGACUGUGAAGCCAGAAAUAACUGAAUAAUUUAACGAUGUAUGUGAAAAUAAAAAUAUUAAACUACUAA